UUCGUAUUUGGUGGCAAUAUUCUUUAUCUUGUGCUUGUAGCUACCUUGCUGUUUUAAGGAAUUAUCUUACCUACGUACAUCUUUGGGCUACAAAUCAAAAUUACACAGAUAUUUUGCUUCUCUUGGCAUCAUGCAGAAAAGAAGCUCAACAUUUGCUGAUAUGUCAUUGGUUAACUCUGCCCCAAAUUCGUCAGUGGAUUCCUCUCCUAAAAAGAAGACAUUAAUUGGAAAACACCUCACACUUCUUCAGCCAUAUGUCCGAGUUGAAAGACUUGAUCGAGAAACUCUCAGAAGAUUAUUACCAUCAGUCAGAAAAGUGGUUGAAGAUCAAUCUGAAUCUUCGGAGGAGUCUGUUGAGAAAAAUGAAUCUGAACGUUCAGCAGAGGAGUUAGCCGAGGAAAAUGAAUCUGAAUCUUCAGAGGAGUCUGCAGAAGAAAAUGAAACUCCUGUCAAACAAAACAAAACAAGUGAAAGAAAAACGAAUGAGAAAGCCACUUCUGAAAUGUCAGAAUAUGAAAAGCAAAUUCAAAGAAACAUAGAAGAGAAAGAGAAAAUAUUCCAACAACUUAUUGGAGGUGCAAAAAAGGAUUUUAUGAAAGUAGUACCGAAGACAAACUACAAUAAUGUUGAAGUAAUUAAGAAGAAGAAGAGGAGAUGCCACGACGAUGUAAAUGAGCAGGAGUUCAGAGCUCUUAAACGACAAAAAAAUAUGAAUAAAAGCAGAGACCUGACCUCGAUUAAUAGAUCUUUGAGAUCAAGGAAAACUCCAUUACCAAUUCAAAAUUAUGAUGAACUUUUAGGGGGACCUUCAGAGGAAAGCUCAGGUGCAUGGAAAUACAAGCAGAACCACCUUAUUGGCACGGCCAAAUUGAUCCGCGACCAGCAGAAGCAGCAGCAGCUCAGUCCCAACUCCGGCGAGCGCCCCUUCAAGUGCAACGUCUGCACCAAGAGUUUCGCCCAUCUAGCCAACCUCAAGACGCACCACCUUGUCCACACUGGGGAGAAACCGCACCAGUGCGACAUUUGCAAAAAGGGGUUCACCCAGCUGGUCAGCCUCAAGAGGCACCACCUGGUCCACACUGGGGAGAAACCGCACCAGUGCGACAUUUGCAAGACAAGUUUCAGUGACAAGUCCCACCUCAAGACGCACCACCUUGUCCACACUGGGGAGAAACCGCACCAGUGCGACAUUUGCAAGAAUUGUUUCAGCCAAAAGUCCCAUCUCAAGAAGCACUUGCGGCUGCAUUCCGGCCAGAAGCCCUACGCCUGCGAUUUGCGUCCGGCCAAAACUCCCCCCCUGUUCGUCGAGUUUAAGUUGCACAAGCAAUGGCAAACCAAACGGUCCUACACUUGCCGCGAACGCGGAUGCCAGAAGAAGUUCAUCAGCACCAGCGGAUUGUUUUCCCACUGGAAGACGACCAAUUGCAGGCAACAUGUGAGGAUGGAGGAGGAUUAUGAGGAUUUGCCUUGAACUAUCGCCCACCGACUCGGCCGGCUAUGAUUGCAACGGAUGUGGAAGAAGGAAUGGAGUACAAGGAUGAGGAAAUGAGUUUGGACGGAAUGAGCUGAGAUAGCGACUCGUUGGCCAUUCAGCAACACCAUCACCACCAAGGCUAGCACGAGCACCACCACGAGCUGGGCGUUAUUCGUUAUUAUGUGUAUUAUUUUUUACUCCGAUAGAUUUGAUUUUUGCAGGUUAUUCCAGUAUUAAUUUAGUAAUGAAAAAAAACUUGAUUUUGAAUUUCAAUUUUUGAAUGACAACGAUUAUGUUCAAAGUUUGAUUUUAACGUUUUUAAAAGGUCAGAAAUAUAAUAUCAUGACCUACACAGAAAAAGAUGAAAAUUAUUUUAAGAAACAUUAGAUGAAAUCACAGUAUUUUCAAAAACUUACAGUCAAGGUCGAAUUGAUUU